AUAAAAUACCAAAUUGCUACCUGAAGACCUUGAAAUGGUCGUAUAAUAGAAUCAAAGAUAGGGAUAUCCUUAAGCAAUUAAUAUUUCUGACUUACAGAGGCUAGGACAACUUCUCAAGCAUCAUUGGGUCUAUUUCUACAAUAUUUGUCAUGAUAGUAUUGUUCUGCUACAGCAUCAUCCUGCUAAAGUCAAUAUUCAGCCGGAGCGAUGUGAGCUGGAACCAGAACACGAUUCAGAUAGACUUGGCAGAAGACAACUCCACCCUCGUUUGGAAAGAAGGCCCGAAGCUGAAGACAAUGGGGAGCGGGGUCUAAACGGUGGUCUUGGAGGGGAUUAGGGGUUAAAGAGAGGUGAUAGCUUGGAAUGUGAUGAGUUUUGCUGUACUAGAUAGCUCAUAUGUGCAGGACCAGUUGAUUUCUGGAACCUUUGUUUACAGAGAAUACAGCAAAGAAUAUUUUAUUAUAAGCAAUUAUUUAUUUCCAGAUAAGAUUAAUAUGAAUUAAACAUAUUUGGUCUCUGACAAAUUGCUAUUAAACAAAUUAUCAUACUCUUUUAAAACUUGAUUUCCCAAUUAACUCUCAAGCAUUUCCUCUGUUGACGUCUACUUUGGGCACUUGUCCAAACCUUACUCUGAGAAUGAAAAUAAAUAAAAUAUGUAGAAGAGAAUGGAACCUAAUCAGCAUGAAUGCUUUUGACUAGAGGCAUAACAAAGAGAUCCUCAUCAGAAAUUUUACUACACAGGCUAGCGAUGGAAUUACGAACACCACUACAUUGAAAUCUCAAUGGGAGGUUCUUCUCGCUCAAAAAUCUGCGACUUUUUGAGAUACAGAGGAUUCUGGGCGUAUCCUCGGAGACGACUGAGAGAAUAGCUUCGAUAUUACUUGUAAUAUUUUAGAUGGUAUAUUUUGUUCGGUAUACUUAUAUGAGGGAACAAGAGAGAUUCCUUUCUGACCUAAAUUUUCUGGUUUAGGUUUAUACGGAAGUAGAGAUCUUGAAGCUUCAAGCUCUGAAAUUAAGCUUCAAUUCUCUAGUUGAAAUUUGGUUAAUGGUCUAAACUGUAUCUCUGAAGAUAAAAUUACUCCUGUAAUCGAAGCUCGAUUGUUGAAAUCCAUGUUCUGAACAGAUAUGUAGACCUUAAUGACAUCGGUAAUCCCAUCAAGAGUUACUAUGAUAGAGUUUACGAUAUCAAUUAAUAAUUCUUUAUAGAAGGUGGACUGCAUCUUCUGCAGUUGGAAUAUUAUGUAUUAGAAUCUAGAUAUUUAUUAUUUACUUUGAAUUGAGGUUCCCACUAACCCAGACAUAUUGAGUAAAGCUUGGCUCACUACCUUAAAAGCUUGUAAAAGAAAUAAGAAGAGCAUCCAUAGUGAGUAGGGUUUCAUAGAGAACCCAGAAUAAGUAUGAGGAUAACAGCUAAACCUAUAAGGACAGAUGUACCUCAGUGAAGGACUUGAUAGUAAGAGGAUAUUAGAGACAACUCAAAAACAAGAUAGCAGACAGGACUUACUAGCCUCACAUCCACAUUAUCUUGGCCUUUCAGGAAAUACAAGUUAGCUAAAGUUCUUAAAAAGGAAAAAGUUGGUGGCUAUUCUGGUAUAUCAGUUUUGACAACAAUAAGUGGAAGAAAAUCAAAUUAUAACUAAAGAAGCAUGAAGUUGUGCUGGAAGACUCAUUCUUCCCAACAUUUUGGUCGCCAGACCCUCUCUAUUUCUACAGUCUCGAGGACUUUGACCUCAUUGAAACUCAAUUUAGUAAUAACUUCAAGGGAAUAGUAGAUAUCGAAAUUACAAGAGACACCCAAGUUGACCAGCACAGAAGAAAACUGCUGGGUUUUAGAAGUCACAGGUAUUCUUGGAGGCCUCUUCAAGAUAUUCGAGUUGGGUUUCGGAAUGCUCCUUGGACUCUACUCUUAGUAUAUGUUCAAAUGUCAGAUCUUCAAAGACAUUCAGAGAUAUGAACAAAAGUUUAAAGCAAUGGAGAGGAGCAUCAAGUAUUUAGAAGAAGAGAUUAAAUACAAUAAUCAACAAGAAGAUGAAUCUUCAGAUGAACAAGAAGAGAAUAAAGAAGAAUCUAAAGAACUCAGAAACUUUGAUGACUUGAACGAGUCUAGAGGAAGAUUAAUGGAGUUUUAAAUGCUUGAACGAAGGGGGUAAAUUAUUAGAUCCUAAACUAGAAAGUAAAGCAACUUCUCAACCAGCAGAUCUUGAGCGAAGACAUAAAAAUGCAUUUCUAUUUAAAACCCUACAAAAAGACUUAAACCUCCAAAGAGACACACCUGCAACCUUCUCUCCCUCUAAGGAUGUUGAUAAGUCUCGAUUCACAACAAUGUUAAAAAAAAUCAAAAAAUAGAUGAAGAGAUUGAAAAAUUCGGGAACUCUCUGGACUGCCUGAACAUCACUUACUCCCUUAAAACCUUACAAAUCCAGAUGAACUACCUGCUGCUCCAGUACCCUGACUACUGCGCUGCUCUUAAAAAGGAUCCGGCGCUGGACAUAAACUUCUGCCAAAUCUACCCACCGAAAUCCAAAGUUAGUGGGACUUUGGGGUUUAAGAGUCCAUAUUCUGGUCCCAAAGUUCAUCCACCUUUAGCUUCUGAGCCGCCUUUGGAGCAGAUUAACUAAGCUCCGCUUUUGAAGAGGAAUCUGGGCUCAGCCAGAAUGCUUGCAUAUCAUAUGAGAAGUAAUAGCAAGGGAAGAAUAGGUGAGAAUUAAUCUAGCAUGCUUCAGUGAGUUUUUAGAUAACUAGAAGUUCGAACUAAUAUUAGAACGCAUAGUUGUGGUGAGGUGGAUAUUGGAGCAGAAUUAAUAAAUUUACCAAAUUAUUACUAUAAGAUUCUGAAAUGACCCUAUGAUAGAUUCAAGGACAAAAAUAUCUUUAAACAGUCGAUAUCUCGUUCCUAGAGAGGAGAAUAUAAUUUCUCAAGCAUCACUGAGGUAUCUCGACUAUUUUAGUUAUAAUAAUCUAUCCACUCUUAAUUAAAAUGUCUGUUUUUACAAACUAAAAGGCAUCAGUUUGGAUUAUAACAUCCAGGCUUCAGUCAUGUUCGGAUCUCUGCAAACUAAAUACCCACAAAAAUUACAAAAAAUGUUAAAUUCUAUUCAAGCAUGAUGUAGA